CCUGCUGCCUAUAUAGCUAGUGCCAUUCCACACACGCACCUAUAUAAAUAUACCUACUAGGGUUAGGGUUAGGCAGGCACCAAACAACCAAUCCAAACGUAUCCCCUCUUUUUUGAGCUCACCAAUAAUCCUUACUUGGAUGAUUAAGCUUUUGAAGAGACUUGCUGCUCUGAGGUCCAAUUCCACUGACACAAAGAAGAAUUAGGGUUUUUGAAGCAUGAAGAAGCGCCAAGUGGUGGUGAAACGGGACAGUUCGGGGAGGAGCUCGAGCACUUCGUCUUCCAUGGUGAGAACUGUGAGGUAUGGUGAGUGCCAGAAGAACCAUGCUGCAAAUUUAGGAGGGUAUGCUGUGGAUGGGUGCAGAGAAUUCAUGGCAAGUGGUGAGGAGGGGACAACUGAGGCUCUUACAUGCGCUGCUUGUGGCUGCCACAGGAAUUUUCACAGAAGAGAAGUGGAAACUGAGGUUGUUUGUGAGUAUUCUCCACCCAACACUUAUCGGUAAUAGUAGUCAUAGUAAAAUUUGAAGGGCAUUAAUGAAAUCGCGUGUAUAGGAAGAAGGGCCUUUUAAUUUCUGAAAUUAACUGAUUGUGAAUUGUUCUCUCUACUUGUAUAUCAUUGUCAACAGAUAUGACUCUGAAGAGAUUAUCAAACUUUAAUUUGAUUGUUCAAUAGAAAAAUGUUCGUCAGGUUUUGAA